UGUGACUCUGGAGGUAGCCCGACCACCGCAGAACCGAGCCCGACGCAGCUCGGUUGCGUUCGGUCGGUAGUCGGGGCCAGUCGGGCGCUCCACUGCUCUUUUCGGUCUGCUCGUUUUCCUCAGUCCGUCGUCGUUGCGCAUCGAGAUCAGUUGCAUCCUUUCUUUUUCGUUAAGAACAACGAAUCGUACCCUUUUCGCGCUAUGUGACGGAUAUUACGGGGCACCGAGCGUACCCCGACUUCUGUAUAUCAUUCCCACCCCAUCCUGCUGCCUGCUACUACUCUCCUUUGCCCAAAGAGAGAGAGAGAAAGAACACGUUGUAAACGCAGGCACGUACAUACGCAGGCACUCGCCGAAGAAGGGGCCACGAGGGCCCCGUGGAAUCGUGCCUAGGAAAACAUGGAGUGUCCACAUCUUGCUCAAAGCGUCCAAUUCGGUGGUAACGACGUAGAAGCAAGCUGUACAAAGGAUCUACCGUUCGUCUGUGCAGUGUGUGGCACCGAGAAAAGUACGUGGCUCUGUCUCUACUGUGGGGACGUUCACUGUGGACGAUAUGUGUCUGGCCAUGCGUUACAGCAUCACGAACAAAAUACUCAACAUUGCGUUUGCAUCGACUGUGAGAACCUGGCAGUAUUCUGUUACAUAUGCGACGAGUAUGUCGUUAACGACACGACGAACGGUCAAAUCGAGAAGAUACGUCGAGUCAUCUUCCGCAAGGAUGAACACAAAGAGAACGAGGAGAAUUGGAACACGUCACCGUCUACGACGCCGUCCUCGAGGAGAGAGAACAGCGACAACGACAACGACGCGGAUGCCCUGUGGAAAGCGGAAGUGGUCGUGAGGAACCUUCGACCGAGAACGGCACGGAAGAGGCUACAUUCGCUGGACGGCACGAGUGGGGACAAUCGGCCGGCGACCAAGCGUAGGAGCUCAAAGAUAACCAAAGAGAAGAAGGUCGUCGGCCUAAGAAAUCUCGGUAACACCUGUUUCAUGAACGUGGUGUUGCAAUCGUUCAACAACAUCAGCCACUUUUGCGAGUACCUAACGCAGAUGCCGUGCCUCGAGGGCAUACCUUUCGACGAAUCGCCCACGCACAGGGGACGCAUCGUCGCGCCCGGACGCGCGAAAGAGCUGAGCAUGAGCGACGCCCUGCUCGCCGAGGAGCUGAGGAAGGUGCUUCUGGGAUUGAACCUGGGCGGCUCGAACGGGCAGGCGAUCUCGCCCGAGUGUCUUUUCCUGGUCAUCUGGAAGGUCGUGCCCAGAUUUCGUGGCUACCAACAGCAGGACGCGCACGAGUUUCUCACCUACAUGCUCGACAGACUGCACACCGAGCUGUUGCAAUUGCUUCCCAGAUUGGGACACGAGCCCCUCGGUUUGCGGGGCAAGCAGAGCAUCGUCACGGCCGUGUUCGGGGGCACCCUCCUUAGCGUGGUCCAUUGCAUGAACUGCCGUACAGAUUCCAAGACGCACGAGCCCUUCCAGGAUCUAUCGCUGGACAUACCGGACCGGCUGCAAAGACGAACGAAAGAACGGGAGGAGGUAUGCAGUCUCACCUACAGUCUAUCCAGAUUCUUCAAAGACGAAGAACUGGCCGACAGCGAACUGUACUUUUGCGACAAUUGUAUGGGGAAGCAAAGGUCCACCAAGAGGUUCUGGAUACACAGGCUGCCUAAUGUGUUGUGCCUUCACAUUAAAAGAUUUAGGUGGUGCAAUUCUUAUCGCUCCAAGGUGGACACGCAAGUGGAUUUCCCCAUGAAAUCGCUCGACAUGUCGGCAUUUACGGUACGUGGCAUGAGUGGAACAAAGCUGGGCGCUUCGAACAGCCACCUGUACGACUUGGCUGCUGUUAUAGUGCACCACGGUUCUGGUGCUGGAACUGGACAUUACACUGCCUUCGCCGUUCACGAUGGACAAUGGUUUCACUUUAACGAUAGCUCCGUACGACCGGCGACCACGGACGCGGUCGCCAAGUGCAAACCGUAUAUUCUGUUCUACGUGCGAAAAGAGUUUUCCAUUCCACCCCCAUUGUGACGUCAUUUCCCCAGCCAGUCCCGUCCUGAUGGCACGAGCUUCGACGACGAUGACGAUGAGCGAGCAAAGAAAUGAUGAUGACCCCAACACGGAUGUUGUACGGUACCAGCGAACGGGCCAAAACUGAAGAACCAGGAAACACGCUAUCUCGAGGUUUCUGAAAGAGGAAGGAAGAAAACUUGACCCAUCUGUUCCAAACGAAUAAUUGUGUAGCAUUGUUAAGUAGUAUUGUAUAUAAAAAAUUAUGUUUCCGUUGCGACAAACGAUAGAAUGAAUUUCGAGGGCGCAGCAUGCUACGGAUACUUGCAUUUACCGGAACCGGAUAAUAGAAAUUUACGAUUUCCUGUCUGCUCGACAUCGUAUAGCAAUUCGUCGCGACUAGCACGAUAUACGAGCACAUUUUUGGAAAUCGAGUUUACCCUUUCCGUCGUUCGAAGCGAAUACUAAUUGUCCGCAAACUGGACGACAGCUUUUGUUUUAUUUUGUACGGCGUCCCACUUAACUUUUCUUUGCAAUGUCACGGCGAAAAGAGAUUUUUCGCGAAAGUUACACGUUUAUUUUAAUCUGGGUGGACGUGUCUUUAUUGGUUACAGUUCGAAGUUCAUUUACUAUCCCAUUAUAAGUCACAGAAUUGUGGUCAAAGUGUAAUACAAUAACAAGAAGCUCAAUAUUCGAAAAGGUUUAUACUCUGCUAGGUUCCCUGUCAAAAUACAUUUAGAAAUCUUUGCAAUUAACCUGUAUUUAUUAGUUACGAUUCAAGGUCAUUUAGUAUCCCAUUUAGAUACAAUUAUCUUAGAAAUAAUAAAGAUAAGCUCGAUAUUCUUAUUUAUCAAGAACGUGGAUGAAAUGCAAAAAGGGUUUCUACUCUGCAAGAUACAUGACAAGGUGUGAAAAAGUUAUGUUUGUGACAAGCCGGUUGUAGCCUCUCGAUACCUACGUGUGUCUGAUCGAUUCGGAAAAUUAGAGAAAUAACUUUACAUACAUACGUACUUACGUACGUCCUUCGGCCAUAUUGAUCGAUAACCAACUUUAUAGGUUGGUGUGCCGAGUGACUGUGUUUUUCUCGUUCGUUAUCAUUAAUAUCGACUGGAAAUUACUUUUUAAACACAGAAAGUAUGACAUAGGAUAGAGAUACUUGAACUAAAUUAAUUAAAAUUAACAUUUCGGAGUUUACAUAACAAAAUUGCAAGAUCACCGAUAGUUUAAUUUAUUUAGAUGCAAUAAUGCGAUUAAUCGAAUCGAAGGGUCACGCCGAGCUAUCGGAUAUCGAUACAAGACACAAUAUAGGAUAACUUCCGUGUCACCUCGACACUUUCACCCAGAACGGAAGCAUUACAAUGCUGCUGCAACUCGUUCACAAGAUAUUAAAA